AGUGAAAAGUUUUUCCUUUUUGUAGUUCCCGAGGAGUUUUGAGGGAGAGCGAGCGAGGAGGGAGAGGGUUUAUUCCUUACCCCCUCCCCCGCUCCCCCCCCCCUCAGUAACCCCGCAACUUACCACUGCCCGCCUUUCACCCCCUCAACGCGCGGGGCGGCGCGCGCCGGGCGCGAGGGGGCGAUGACGGCGAGCGCGCGCGAUGACGAGGACGAGCUGGACUUCAGGCUCACCUUCGGCGAGGAGCCGGAGCAUGCGCCGUCGCUGUUGCCGCCACCGCCGCCAAGGCCACGCCCCCCGGCCGUGGUCCCAGAUUUGGAGUCGGAUGAGACCACGGCCUACUCCACGGGGCCUUGCCUGACUGUGAACGCCCCCAUCGGUAUCCCCCGGCGACGCGGCCGCAUGCAGGGCCGGGCCGGGAUGCACUCCCCUCCCCCUCGGCCCAUUGCCAACGGCGACACCUACGAGAGCCAGCCGGCCCGGCUGAUCCACCUGGGGGGCAGCAAGGUGCUGGCGUGCCCUAGCAUCCAGAUCACCUCCAUCUCGCCCGGGGUCCCGGGCGGGGGCCGAGGGUGGGCGGAGGAGGAGGAGGAGGAGGAGGCCUGGGGCCUAGGUGAGCGCCCUUACCAGCCCCUGGACCCCUUCGGUUACCGGGGCGGUUCGCUGAGCGCCAGCCCGGGCAGCAGCAGCCUCUCCUCGCCCUCGGGCGCCUGGCCCUCCGGGACGGGCUCCCCCUUCUCCUCGCCGUCCUCGCCCCCCUGCUGGGCGCCGCUGCCCCCGCCGCCCCCCUUCGACGAGGUGGAGCCCGAGCUGAGGGAGGCGGCCUACCGCAUCGCCUUGGCGCCCCCGGGCCGGGCCUGGUGGGCGGGCGACGAGGCCUCGUCCUCCUCGCCCUCCCCGGGCGCCGAGGAUCCCCUCCGGCUCUCGCCGCGAGGCCCCGGCUCCGGGCCCCCGUCGCGGCCCACCUCCCCGGGCGGCAAGAGGCGACACUCGGGCUUCGAGGCCUACUCCUACCCCCAGCACCAGCACCGGCGGGAAGGGAGGGGCGGCGGGCGGCGCCAAUCGCCCUCCCCGGGGGAGGGGGGCGGCGCCGCGGCCGAGGAGCCGCCCCGGCCUCCGGAAGGCUCGCCCCUCCCCCCGCCCCCCCAGCCCUCGGGCCUACCCAGCAAGGCCCGGCGCACCUCCCAGGGCCGGAGGGCAGCCUCGCCUCGGGAGGGCGAGGGGGGAGGGCAGCCCGGCCCGGGGGCGCCCUACCACAGCGGGGAGCCCGGCCCUGCCCAGCCGCCGCCGCCCGCCCUCAAAAUGGACGCCAUGGAGUACCUCACCGUCCCGUCUCCCUUCGUCUGGAACAAGGCCCGCCUGGGAGGGCACAGCCCCGUCUUCCGGUCGACGAUGCUCCCCCCUCUGGACUGGCCCCUCCCCAGCCAAUGGGAGCAGUUGGAGCUGACGAUGGAGAUCCAGCCGCGGACCCAUCACCGGGCCCACUAUGAGACAGAGGGCAGCCGUGGGGCAGUGAAAGGUCCGGGUGGUGGUCACCCUGUGGUCAAG